CUCCAGUCUGUCAGACAGACUUUGUUGGUGCUCGCUGCGUGAUUUUGAGGCCUGUGGGUCCUUGAUAAAUAACCCGUUUUGUAAUCUGGCAUUAUAUGCCCGCAUCUCGAAGUCGUAUUCGUUUUCAUCUCGUAGUAUCCUUGUAGGACUGCAAACAGCGGCGUACGACAGCACAAUACACCUUUACAUUUUCACUCUGUCCGGUUCUCCCACAAGGCAACAUGGCCAGAAGGGCAUCUAUCAUAGAUGAGCAGACUCCGCUCCUCGCGUCGACUGCCCAGGAUCCUUCAAAUCAAAUUAACGAAGUCGAAGUAAUCGAGGAGAGCGCCUACGCCGGCUCGGUGCACGUCAACGGCUCUUCAAAGCCAGGCGACAAUGAGGACAAACCUCUACCGAUGGGCCAAAUCCUGGUCCUCUGUAUUUCGCGCAUCGUCGACCCAGUCAGCUUUUUCUGCAUAUUUCCCUUCUUGCCUAAAAUGGUAGAGAAGAUGAACGUCCCCGAGGCAGACGUUGGCUUCUACACCGGUCUCAUAGAGUCCUUGUCGUCGGUGAUGCAAGUGUUGACCAUGAUUUUGUGGGGAAAGGCCGCGGACCGAUAUGGUAGGAAGCCUGUAUUGGUCAUAUCAAACUUUGCCUGUGCCAUUUUCACGACCUUGUUCGGAACGUCCCGUUCGAUAUGGCAAUUGAUCCUGUUUCGCUGCUUAUCCGGCUCCUUUACGGGAUCCAUCCUAGCGGUCAGAGCCAUGUUCCACGAGCUGAGUACGCCAAAGACUGAGGCCAGAGCUUUCAGCUACUUUGCAUUCACCGGCAACUUGGGCAUUUUCCUUGGUCCGGCCAUCGGAUCCUUAGCACGGCCCGCAGAGCAGUACCCGGAUGUUUUUGGUAACAUACAAUUCUUCCACGACUGGCCCUACGUUCUACCCUGCGCUAUUUCGGGCGCUUUGGGAUUGAUUGGCGCGAUCAGUGCAAGUUUGUUUCUCAAGGAGACACUAGAUCGAAGCUCUCUGCCGAAGACGGGCGACAAACCAAAGAUGAGCACAUGGCAGCUUGUCAGCAGUCGCGGGGUGCCGAAAGUCCUUCUCGUCUUUGUUUGGGCAGCUAUGCUUGGCUUUGCUUUCACUGCCAUUUGCCCCGUGUACUUCUACGAGCCUGUGCAUCUGGGAGGUUUUGGCUUCUCCGAGCGCUUCAUCUCGCUCUUCAUCUCUCUUAACGGUAUCGCACAAGCUCUUUGGCUGCUCGUUGCCUUCCCACCGCUGCACAAACGGUUCGGCACGAAGGCCCUGCUUCAAGGCUGCGGUUUGUUCUGGGGCCCAUUCAUGCUUUUCUUCCCACUCAACAACUGGCUCCGCCGAAACGGCUGGGACACGAUUUUCUGGAUCAUCGCACCCAUCAACCAGUCGCUGGGAUCGGGGGUCGCGAUAGCAUUCACGGCAUGCCAGUUGGCAGUCAACGAGGCGGCGCCCAGCCCGGAUUUGCUGGGCACUCUGAACGGCGUCGCGUUGACUAUGCAGUCUGCUGUUCGAGCCGUAACGCCCAGUCUCUUUUCAAGCAUAUAUGCCGUGGGUGUGCGCAGACAUAUUCUGGGUGGACAGCUGGGGAUGUUGGUUCUUGCCGCGCUGGCGACAGCCUUCUUCUUUAUAUCGAGCCUGCUCCCGACGAAGUACGAAAAGAUAUCAGAACGUCGUCACCACGAUGAGGAACAGGCCAACGGCUCGGCACCUGUGUUAAACGAAUCAAACGGAGACUAGUCUUGUCUAAGAAUAGAGCUGAUCUUUUCGCCAUUAGAUCGAUUAUGCCGCUUGCUAGAAUCUCAUCUCUCGCGAUAACAAACUCCAAUCUGUAGAUAGUAUUCAUUUAGAUCCAUCAGACUCUCUUCAUCAGAAUUACGUCAGUUCUACUGUUACUUCUUAUUCCCAUCUCUACCAUUGUCCAGAUCGCCAAAACGGAAGCCU